AUGCUAGAAUCCAAGGAUGGAAAAUAUUUAAGCAAGAGUAGCUCUCAUCCUUUGACAUGCUCCUCUACCUACCUGUCCUAUCAGAGACAGCUAAACCAAUCACUCCGGGGUGAGAACCAAAUCCUCUGGGGAAAGAACAGGACUAUUCGUGAAGACAACAAGACUUUCCGUAUGGAAAACAAGGCUAUUCGUGAACAGAAUCAUACUCUCCGAGACGCAAACAAUAUUCACUGGGAGGAGGGUAGUGUCCUCAAGGAGAGCAAACCCGACGCUUUGGAUGAAGGAAAAUCACUUGAGGAACAGGAAAAGGCUCUCCGGAAGCAGAAUAAGGCUCUACGAGAAGAGAUCAAAUCCCUCCAGGAGCAGGAUGUGGCUUUCAAAAUGGAAGAGAAGGCUCUUCAAGAGGAGCUCACUGCUUUGUGGGAGGAGAACAAGGCCUUCCAAGAACAGAUCAGGGCUCUCAGGGAGAAUAGUGCUGCUCUCCUAGAAGAGGAAAAAUGUCUCCAUCAAGAGAGGCGAGCCCUCCAAGAAGAAGAAGCUGCCCUCCAGGAAGAGAACAAAGCUCUUAGAGAGGAGAGGAAAGCUCUUGAAGAGGAGGAUAAAGCCCUGAAGGAAGAGAAUGAAGUUCUCCAGCAGUGGAAGACACUCCUCCAAGGAACCAUCAGUGUACAGAUAGAAGGGCAGGAAGCCCCAAUCUGA